CACAUUCGCAACAUCCCCAGAAGAAGCAAGUUUCUCCAAUGCCGCUUCCUUAUGCCCAUAUUAUAAGCGGCGGCCCCUCCUUCCCCCACCAACCUCAGAUGCUCGACGAGGACGAGGACGACCUCGACGACAUCUGCCCAGUUUGCGAGAGCGAGUGCACGUGCCCCAAAAAGUCGGCUCCCACUCUCGCCUCCACCGCGACAGAGCCUUCCGCGUCCUCUACUCCUUCUUCAGCACCUUCCAGCAGCUACCGGGCCCCCGCCCACGCCGGCAAGCACCCUCUCAAGAUCAAACUUUCCCUGUCAAAAGCACGCAAGCCGCCCGCGACUCAUGCAAGCGCGCGCUUCGGCUCCGCGACGGAUGCCGCCCCAUCCUCAUCCCGUCCAACCAACAAGGCCGCCGGGGCCGGCGCAUCCGCGCCCAAACGGCGCGGCAGGCCUCCAAAGGCCCUCGCCGCCGUCGCCAAGAAUGCUACCAAGAAGAAAGUGGCCGCGGACGACAUGGAGUACAAGGCCAGAGGCACGACAGGGACGGGACGCAGAGCCUUCCAGCCUUCGGCUCCUGUUGCAAGCACUUCCACGGCGGACCUCAGCGACAGCACGCUUUCCGACUACCCCACCUUCGUUCCUGCCGCAAGCGAGGAUACCCAUUCGAGCUCGUCCGAGUCGUCCGACUCAGAGAUCACGUCCUCCUCGGACGAUGAGAGUAUGUACCAGAUCCCAAAUGACGACGGCCGUCAGUCGACAAAACUGUUACCCAGUCACCUCGGGCAGCGGAGACGCGAUCGCGGGUCCAACAACAAGUGGGAGAUCCGUCCUCGGAAAAAGUCGGUGGGUGCCGGUGAAGAGGAUGAGGAGUCCUCCGCCGACAGCGACGACUCCGCAGAGUCGUCUGAAGAUGGAGACGACGAGAACGACGAAGAGGAGGAAGAGGAUGCGGAUGCGGAUGUGGAGGCGGAGGGCGAUGUCGAGUUGACCGGGGUCGGUGAGCCUGAUGUGGAGCUGGACGACGAGGAAGAGAAGACACGCAGCUCCAUCGGACUCACCUUCCCCGGGAACGGCUGGAGCGACGACGAAGAGGAGGAAGAGUCAUUCGACGCAGACCUCUUCUUCGCCAACCUCGACGGCUCUUCCGACUCUGGCGCGUCCUCUCCAGAAGAGCACUAUGCGGACUUGCGCAGCUUCGCGUCCGACAUUGACCUCUCAGGUUCGUUCUCAACAGACGAAGAGGACGCUCUGCUCUUGAUGGACCUCGACCCCUCCGUGCAGCUCAGGCGCGGGGACGGCGAGUUCGAGAUCGGCGUAGAGCUUGACAACUUCUCCUUUGGCUGGGACGGGCAACUGCUGUUCACGAACAGCCGCAUGCCUGACGGCCUUGGGCUUUUCGGUAUGUCCGGCCCGGACGAGGACACCGACAUGUUCUCCGCGUCUGGCUCGGACUGCUCUGGCUCAGACGAUGGUUCUGGCACGGGCACUGUCAUGCUGCAAGAUAGCGAGGGGGACACCACUGAGGAUGAGCUCGUCGACUCGGAUGGGCUCCCCAACUCGCGUGCCAUGAUGCUCUUCCGCUGGCCGAGCAGCGUGUCCGCUAUCAACCCGCUGUCAACCGUCAACCCGCUCACGACGCCACCGCCUAAUGCCUCACCCAGCACGCGUAUUGCGCUCGCGUCGAUAUCAACUCAGCGCAGGUCGCCACCUCCAACGCCCGCUGACAUUCUUGCGGGCAAGAUCUCGAUGGAGGACCUCGAGGACAUCGAGAUGGACAAGGAGAGGUACUCGCCUAUCAGUCGGCGGCGAGGCGUUCCUGUUAUGGGCGAGUUCGCUGUGGAGAACACGGGCGCGCCUAAGCAAGCGGCAAUCGUGGGCGAGGGUCGUGAAGUGCCAAGCUUCUACCCUCGACCGAUACGCAUCGCCAGGUUCGUCGAGCCGGUGCAGGAGAACUCUGUGGAGGAUGUGUUCAUGUCUGCCCUCCGCCCACCCCUGCCGACCGAGUCGUCCGACGAGGCAGCGCAAGCACUCUCCCAGCAGUCGUAUGUGUCGGAGCCCUCUGAGAACGAGGCUAUCGAGCUCGACGACGUCCUCGACUCCUCAUUACUGGACUCAGAGCCCUCCGCACCAGACUGCGAGACGGACGUGCCCGACGCGGACUCCCAGUCCAGCCCGAUGAAGGGCUCGCAUAUCCACAGCCUCUCCCGGUGGGAUCGCAUCCCAAUGGCUACCUUCCGGCGGACGCGCGAGACCGCAACCGCGUCCGGCGUGGACGGUGGCGCGUCGGACACCGGGUACAGCGCUCUUCAGUACCGCGGUUUCGGCGGCGGGCUGCCGCUCUUCACCCCUCCGCUGGACAAGAUGUCGCGUGCGUCCGCGCGGAAGCGCAAGAACCGUCCAGGACACUCGCACGGGGCCUCUCCUACGCUCUCCGCGCGCGACGGCAUGCUCGGGUCGCCGUUCGCGCCUGCGCCGAGCGCUGACCAGCCGCCGCACUCCAACAAGACGAAGAAGGAGCUGAAGAAGGAGAAGGCGAUGAUGAAGCGCAAGCUCGUCGCGAAGUCGUCGCAGUAUCGCUAUCAGCAGCCGCACCGCGGGCACCACCAUUCCCACCUGCCGAACCACAAAAGCCGGGCGUCGAGCUCGGUGCAGCGGUCGAACUUCCUGGGCUCGGGGUCGUCCAUCCCCUCGCUCACUAUCUAAGUCCUCGUCUCCGAGGCAAAAGCCCGGGCGCGCGCGCGUGCGGCCUGAAAGGCUGGUUCGUUUUUAUGAGUAGGAGGCCGUUGUGUCAUAUAAUAUUUACCCUGUAGCAGGCCGCAUCCACCGCUCGUCUCCCCUCUUGCUGUUUAUUCCACCACCAUCUUGUGCUCAUAGUCGUCCAUCUCCCCAUCUCCCGUCUCCCAUUCCCACCCUGAUCCCCAUCCACACUUUCGUUCGCAGCCCAGUCGCAUAUCUCUUCCCCUCCAUCCUGUGCAUUUUCAUCGGUCUUCAGGGCUCCUCUGGUCUCCUAUCCCCA